AUGUAUUUCGUUACACUCCUGGCCGUAAGCCUCGUCUCCCCGCUGCCUUACGCUCUUGCCACGCCUUAUCGCCGAGGUGUGAAGUGCACGUCUGAAACAAAUCCUCUACCAGGCCAGACAUGCGAGAUCAUGGCCGAAGACUGGAGCAUUACUUUGGAUGAGUUUUUGGCGCUAAAUCCCGGUAUCAAGUGUCCUAAGCUUGAUCCCAUCGGUAGCUACUGUGUCAAGGGGGCUGCCGGCAAAGAUGAAACAGGCGGCGUUGAAUCCAAGACGACAAAGCCUACGUCGGCUGAUGAGCCAUCAUACGGCGAUACACCCGAGGCCUCUCCUGAUUUUGAGUCUUUCUCGAUCCCCAACUCAGAUUACGAGUCCUCUGCAAAGCCUCCUAUUCCUGAGAAGCCCUCUUCUGCAGAUGAAUUCCGUGGAAACAGCAUCCAAACCCCGGAACCCAUUCAAGAAGGCAUGGUAGCCAACUGCAACAAAUUCCACUACGUCAGUCCCACGACCACCUGCCGAGGCGUUCUCGACUAUUACAAAAUAUCCCUCGCCGACUUCGUCAAGUGGAAUCCCGCCAUUGGAGAGGACUGCACCAACUUGUGGGCGGGGACCAACGCAUGCGUCUGCGUCAAGGGCUACACUUCAUCCCCAACGAGAGACAUCAAGCCUAACCUAGGAGCCGACAAUGUAUUCGCGACUCCUUCACCUAUCCAGGCGGGUUUGGUUAAGAACUGUGUCAAGUUCCACUACAUCGGUGCCGGGACUACGUGUCGAGAGGUUUUGCACCACUAUGGGAUCACUAUGGCCCAGUUUGCGCAAUGGAACCCUGCUGUUGGCGAGGAUUGCAAAGCUUUGUGGAAGGGCACUUAUGCCUGUGUUGCUGCGGUUUGA